AUCUGCGGCGAGUCAACAAAACAACACGGUCCGCUUCGAUGUGUAUAGUGCCGGUCGUUAGUAGUGCGGUUUUUUUCCUGCCAUAUCACACGCUUAACAAUACAUAGAGAGAAUAGUUAUUCCGUCGGGUUAAUUAUUAAUAGUUGAUCGCGUUCUCCAUCAGGACGUCCGAGAUCUGUCCGUUCGUUUGUUUUCUUCCAUCCGGUCGUUUUAAAUAAAUCUAUGGUGUACGGACGGCACGGAACAGCAUCGCAGGGCAACCGUCGUCGUUGAAGUACAUAUUUUUUUUCACAUACGAAAAAACCGAAAAAACACAUUAUUAGUCGACCACUCGAACGAAAAACCCCAGCCCCAAAAUGAUGACCAUGAACAAUCACGAGAACGGCAUAGACUACAGCAACGGGUACAUGGAACCGGAAGAAGAAUGGGAACGGGAAGGACUUUUGGACCCGGCGUGGGAGAAGCAACAAAAAAAGACGUUUACGGCCUGGUGCAACUCUCACCUGCGCAAAGCGGGCACGGCCAUUGAAAAUAUCGAGGAAGAUUUUCGUAAUGGUCUUAAGCUCAUGUUGCUGCUAGAAGUUAUAUCCGGCGAGACCUUGCCGAAACCCGACAGGGGCAAAAUGCGCUUCCACAAAAUCGCCAACGUCAACAAAGCACUAGACUUCAUCGCCAGCAAGGGAGUCAAACUGGUGUCCAUCGGUGCCGAAGAAAUCGUCGAUGGAAAUUUAAAAAUGACUCUGGGCAUGAUAUGGACGAUCAUUCUGAGGUUCGCCAUCCAAGACAUAUCCGUGGAAGAGAUGACCGCCAAAGAAGGUCUGUUGCUUUGGUGUCAACGCAAGACGGCCCCGUACAAGAACGUCAACGUGCAAAACUUCCAUCUCAGCUUCAAAGACGGUUUGGCUUUCUGCGCGCUCAUCCACCGGCACCGUCCCGAUCUCAUCGACUACCACAAACUGUCCAAGGACAAUCCUCUGCAGAAUCUGAACACAGCGUUCGACGUGGCCGAAAAGUACUUGGACAUACCGCGCAUGUUGGACCCCGAAGACAUGAUAAACACGCCGAAACCCGACGAACGCGCGGUCAUGACCUACGUGUCGUGUUAUUACCACGCUUUCCAAGGCGCUCAUCAGGCGGAGACAGCAGCCAACCGAAUUUGCAAAGUGCUCAAAGUGAACCAAGAAAACGAACGUUUGAUGGAAGAAUACGAGCGUCUGGCUAGCGAUUUGUUAGAAUGGAUCCGCCGCACGUUGCCGUGGUUGCAAAGCCGACAGACUGACAACUCAUUAUCCGGAGUGCAGAAGAGACUUGAGGAGUACCGCACAUACAGACGCAAGCACAAGCCACCUCGCGUCGAACAGAAAGCCAAGUUAGAGACCAACUUCAACACUCUGCAAACCAAGUUGCGCCUGUCCAACCGACCCGCUUACAUGCCCACUGAGGGCAAAAUGGUGUCUGACAUAGCUAACGCUUGGAAGGGAUUGGAACAAUCGGAGAAAUCUUUUGAAGAUUGGCUACUAUCCGAAAUGAUGCGGUUGGAACGUUUGGAACAUUUGGCUCAAAAGUUCAAGGCCAAGGCCGACACUCAUGAGGACUGGACUCAUGGCAAAGAGGAAAUGUUACAGAGCUCAGACUUCAGACAAUGUAAAUUGAACGACCUUAAAGCGUUGAAGAAGAAACACGAGGCGUUUGAAAGCGAUUUGGCUGCCCAUCAAGACCGCGUCGAACAGAUUGCCGCUAUUGCGCACGAAUUGAAUACCUUAGAAUACCAUGAUAGUACCAGUGUGAACAUACGUUGCCAGCGGAUUUGCGAUCAAUGGGACCGUUUGGGCAGCUUAACGCAGAAACGCAGAACUGACUUGGAUGACGCCGAAAAAAUAUUGGAGAAAAUCGAUAUUCUCCAUUUGGAAUUCGCCAAAAGAGCAGCUCCCUUCAACAACUGGUUGGAUGGAACUCGUGAAGAUUUGGUCGACAUGUUCAUCGUUCACACAGUCGAGGAGAUCCAAGGCCUAAUCGAUGCUCACGGACAGUUCAAAGCUACAUUGGCAGAUGCUGACAAAGAAUACAACUCUAUAAUCGGUUUAGUUAAAGACGUCGAAUCGACCGUACAAAAAUACCAAAUACCCGGCGGUUUACAAAACCCGUAUACUACAUUGACAGCUACUGAAAUGCACAAAAAAUGGUCAGACGUAAAACAUCUGGUUCCCCAAAGAGACACGACCCUACAAGCCGAGCUCAGAAAACAACAAAACAAUGAGAUGUUGCGCCGCCAAUUUGCGGAGAAGGCAAACCAAGUGGGUCCGUGGAUCGAGAGGCAGAUGGACGCUGUGACGGCAAUCGGUAUGGGCUUGCAAGGCUCACUGGAAGAUCAGCUGCACCAACUUAAACAAUACGAACACAAUGUGUUUGGAUACAAACCUCACAUCGAAGAAUUGGAGAAAAUCCAUCAAGCCGUACAAGAAGGAAUGAUCUUUGAGAACAGAUACACACAAUACACAAUGGAAACUUUACGCGUCGGUUGGGAACAAUUGCUUACGUCCAUCAAUCGAAAUGUCAACGAAGUGGAAAAUCAAAUACUGACACGAGACUCCAAAGGCAUUACCCAAGAACAACUCAACGAAUUCAGAGCUAGUUUCAACCAUUUCGAUAAGAACCGCACUGGCCGAUUAAGUCCUGAAGAAUUCAAGUCGUGUCUGGUAUCGAUCGGUUACAGUAUUGGAAAAGAUAGACAGGGUGAAAUCGACUUCCAACGCAUUUUGGCUGUCGUCGACCCCAACAGCACUGGUUACGUACAUUUCGACGCUUUCUUAGACUUUAUGACUAGAGAAUCCACCGAUACGGACACCGCGGAACAAGUGAUCGACUCCUUCCGCAUUCUGGCCGGAGACAAGCCUUAUAUUCUGUCUGAUGAGUUGCGACGAGAACUACCGCCGGACCAAGCCGAAUACUGCAUACAACGAAUGGCGCCUUACAAGGGUGUGAACGCUAUACCGGGCGCGUUGGACUACAUGUCCUUCUCGACCGCCUUGUACGGAGAAUCAGAUCUGUAAACGCUUUCAUUAUAUUUUAACUUUAAAAAGAAAAAAAGGAUAAUAACAGCGUGAAUAUUUUAACCGAAUGAUGAAUAUCAUAUUCGAGUUUCAAAUUCUUUUAUCGAAUCAUCUGCUAGUCACAUACUGUUCCCGUGUCCGUCCGCGCGUAUUAACAAAAUAAAAAUUAAUUUAAAAAAAAAAAAAAAUACAAAAUGAUUUUUCCUGUACCUUUUUUUUCUGUGUAUUACUCUUAGAUAAGUAUUUAUUAUUUAGAUUAGAAUUUAUUUAUCUACUAUCAAUAGGCUUUUAAUAGAAUAUUUUCUUGCCUAGAUUUUAUUAUUUAAAACAAAUUAAAUAGAUAAACAUUAUUUUUCUUCUUUCUAAUAAUUUAGUGAUGAAAAGGAAAGCUGUUUUUUUUUAUGUUUUACUUGUUUAUUUUUCGCCUUUAGAACAAUUUAAAUAUUUUGACUAGUUACAUAUAAAAGAGUUGUGUAUUAAAGGACCGAAUGUCUUUGAUUUAAGAUUUAUAAUUAAAGAAUAAUAAUGAUUAUUUCAAAAUGACCCAAAAUUGAUAAAUUAUUGUACUACAGAUUAUAAGAUAAUAUUAUCUAUUUUUUGAACACUCCAAAUUAAUGCUCAACGCACAACAUAUUUUUGUACACCGAAUAAAUUAUUUUUUUAUUUAUAUACAUACGUCGAUAAGAAUGUAUUGAACGAUUUUCAAAAACCAUUUAAAGUUUUUCUCUUGUAAAUGAUAUUAUGUUGUUCAGUAGGUAAAUAAUCAUUUGUAUUUUCUUAGUUUUCCUCAUCAAAUAAUUUUUACCGUUUUCAAUAAUAUAUAUUAUGUAAUAUGGUUGCUUUCAUCUUAUUUAUUCUUAUUGUAUAGUUUGUAUUUUAUUUUUAGUUAUUAUUAUAAUAUUAUAUUUCGAUUAUUAUAAAUACGCUCGCGUACCGGAGAUAAUAAUUUUAGUUUUUUUUUUUUUUAUAAAUUAUUCUUGUUGAUAAUUUAAAAAAAAAAUAUCCGUUACACAUGUGUGCGCACGCGUUACGUCACUCUGAGAUGCCAUAAGUUUUAAUUUAUUUUGUUUUUUUUUCUUCUAGAAAACAAAAUAAGUAUUGUAACAUAUUAUAUAAAUAUAUUUUGUUUAUCCUGACAACAGCGUAAACCGUAAUACGUGUUCACACUUUAUAUAUAUAUAUUUUUUUUUUUUCUUUAAACAAUUACCUUUCAAACUUUUCAUGUUAAAAACAGAAAUGUAUACAAAGUUUUAUAUUGUUAUAGUAUGUUAAUAUUUAUGUACUAAACAAAGAAAAUGUAUUUAUUUAAAAUAUACAUAUGUGCCCGUUGUAUUGUAAGAAUUAUGUGUUUCUCCUUCGAAAUCACAAUAAAACAUCAAAAUAGGAAAUGCUUAAACUAUCGAACCCUUGGAAAGGACAUUAUCGAGUAUUUUAUAUUUUUGUUCGUGAAGAAAAUGCAACCGAGUAUCUGUGAUUGUAAUUUUUUUUCUGACGUAUGUAAACAACAUAUGAAAAUUCUAUUAACUUGGUUUUAAAAAUGUUUUGGAUGAUACUUCUUCCAGUUGGUGUACAAAUUUUAUUUUCCUUGUAUAAACAAGAAAUAUGUGUUAUUUAAAUAAGUUUUUUUUUUUUAAAUAUUUACAGUGUAUGUCCUAAUAAUACAUAGUAACACUUUCCCUGCCAAGUAUUGAAUAGUUUAUCUCGCUGAAUGAAAUAAUUAUUUUGUCUAAAAGCUAUCUUAGUGUGAACUACUUAGCAUUAUUUUAAGGAGUUUUGUAAAGGCAAAAUUU